AAAAUUAAAAGCAUAAAGCUGGAGACAAACAAAACAUAGAAAGGUCACUCAGAGGCUCUCGCGGAGCGACCGGAAGUGCACUGCGGGUCAUUCCAGGGGACAGAAGAAGAAGAAGACACUGACUCCUGUUAUCUCUCAGCAACAGCCUCCAUCAGCAGAGUUGAAGGUAGGGAGACUCCCCAGCGGUGACCCGGCCCCCGAGCGCGUCCUUGGAGCUCUCCCCUGGAACACCACACCAAAAGAUAAGGUCGUACAAUCCGCAGCAAAAAUGGGAUGCUUCGGAUUCCUCAAAGUCAUGAUGUUUGUCUUCAAUGGCAUUAUCUUUCUGGCGGGUGCCGCCAUCCUGGGCGUUGGGAUCUGGGUGAAGGUGGACAGCGGCUCCAUCCUCAGCUUCCUCGGGAAAAUCGAAGACGCCCCGCUGGAGCUCAGCCAGGUGCUCAACGUGGGCUACCUGCUGGUCGCCAUCGGAGCGCUGCUGCUCGUCAUCGGCUUCCUGGGCUGCUGCGGGGCCGUCCGAGAGAGCACGUGCAUGCUGCUGCUGUUUUUCAUCAUAGUCCUGGUGGUCUUCAUAGCGGAGGUUGCCGGAGCCGUGGUGAUCUUGGUGUUCAGACCCUUGGCCGACGAGCUGUUUACCAAGUUCGGCACAGCUGCCGUUCAGAACAUCAGGAAGGACUACGGGAAAAACCCCGACACCACGGGACUGUGGAAUUCCACCAUGAUCACGUUAAAAUGUUGUGGGUUCUACAACUCCUCCGACUUCGUGGGCUCGCCGUACUAUUUGGACCACGAGAAGCAAUACCCACCGCAGUGCUGCCCAGGCAUGGAGAGCCCCUGUAACCAAACGGUGGCUGACAGUGACACGACCAUUACUGGGUGCUUCCCAAAGAUCAAGAAGCUGAUUGAUGACAACACAGUGGUCAUUGUGGCCGUGGCUCUGGGAAUUGCAUUGCUGGAGAUAUGUGCCAUGGCGGUUUCCAUGAUCCUUUUCUGCAGAAUAAAAUCCAGGGGGGACUAACUGCAAAUGGUGAAGGCCCAGGAAGCAUCCUUUUAAUCACUGAGAUCUUUCUACUUCCUCUAGAAGAGCGAAGGGCCUCAUCAUUAAAGGCAGUUCAUGUCAUAUCUCGGGCGAUCAGAAUUACCGAAUGACAUAACCAAUCUAUUUUUACUACGUUUAAAUCUAUUUAAGCAAUGCCGCAUAUGAAUGUAAAUGAUCUCUAAAGAACUACACGUUGUCAAACGGCCUACACACACUGCCUACUUCGCCCAGAGACCUUUUUAAAUCUGCUACUACCUGAACGCAUGGUAAGUCAAUGAGGAAUCACAUCAUAUCUGCGUUAUCAUCGUGAUAAUGAAACAUGGAGGCUGCUGUGUCGGGCACAGGAACCACUAUUGGUAAUGUUGAUGCUGUGACGCAGCCUGUGAAACAGCAACAGAUGUGAUGCACUAUUGGAUGUUGGUGAAAUAAAGUGCAAUGUAUUUC